GGCUAAAAGAAGAAAUCUGGUCCAAACUCCUGCAUAAGGUCAUCUUAAUCUUCCGGCCAGUUUAACCCAACCAAGUCUAGCCCAGUGAAACUCUGGGGUAUACAGCUGGUUGCAUAACGCAAUUCCCUUAAUUUUCAAGGCAUGAAUACUCUGAAGGCUGCAAGCAAGGAAUUACUUCCAGGAAGCUAAUGCCACAAAAAAGUAGAUGCAAAAGUACUAGAAAGAUGGACCUAGCCCAUAUACUUGUUUCCAGGUGCUAAGAUAUCCGAAAAUAGAGGUAAGGUUAGACUUGGGGUUGCAAAGAGGCCUGCCUAUAAAUACCUCAACAUUACGACCUACCUUUCAGAGCUCAACCUGAGUCUUGGUUUAUCCUACUCUCAUUUUCCCACUACGUUCUGCUUUGUCUUUCCCUUAUGGCAAACUUUCACUGCUUGGUGCUUCUGUGCUCUGUUCUCCUUGCAUCGAUGGCCGCUGCAACCCAGUUCAAGGUUGGAGGCUCAAACGGAUGGGCUGUGCCUGGCCCCAAUGCGAUGUCAUUCAACCAAUGGGCAGAAAAAAAGCGGUUUCAAAUUGGUGACUCACUACUUUUUGUCUACCCGCCUGACCAGGACUCGGUAGUUCUAGUGGAUGCGAAUGCAUACAAUAGUUGUGACACAUCAUCAUUCAUUGAUCGGUUCAACGAUGGCAACACAGUGUUUACGUUCACGCGAUCAGGUCCCUUCUACUUCAUCAGUGGGAACAAAGAGAACUGCCAAAAGAACGAGAAGUUAGUGGUUGUGGUCAUGGCAAGCCGUAGCAAUGCAACAAGCCUCGGACCUUCCCCUUCACCUCCGCCACCUCCUUCAGGGGUGGUAGAAAUUGUACCAUCAUUAGCUCCUGCCGGCGGGGAGUCUGCUAUUCCCUCUCCGCCAAACGGCGCUUCUGUAAAGGCUGUGGGCUUUGUAGGCACGCUUGUUGCUCUCCUCGUGACAUUAUACCACGUUUUAUGAGCGUCGUUUGUUGGGGGUGAGGGUUUGUGAAAGUUACCAUGUCAAAAUUAUUUAUUUGGGUUGGGUGAGAAAAUGUUUUGUUGAGAGUUAAGGUGUGUGAAAUUUAUUUAUUUUGCUUGGUGAGAAAUUGUGGAAGUCAAAAAUAAAUAAAACGAAGCUU